AUGGAACAUCUUCGUAUCCCGCUACUCUCUCUGUUUGUUUUUCUCCUCAACCUCUCACCCCUUCACUUUCUCUCUUUAGCUGAUGAUUAUUUCAUCAACUGUGGUUCACAUGAUGAUGUGAGCCUCACUCCUGGCCAGAAUUUCUCUGGGGAAUCGAAGCCUGUAGGUUACUCUUUCUCCAAAAGCAAGGCUGUCAAAGACAUCAACCAGUUGCCAGAUAUAUCAUCUCUAUAUAAGACAGCAAGAAGUUUCAAUAAACCAUUCUACUACCAGUUCAGCAUCACUGAAGAUGGUAAUUAUCUGGUACGCUUACAUUUCUCAGCUUUCUCCUCCUCCUCCUCAAAUAAUCUCUCCACGGCUGUUUUUGGUGUUUUGGAUUCUAAGAAUUUCACACUGUUGAACAAUUUCACCACCAAGAACACUACCUACUCCCCUGUGAUAAAGGAAUUCUUUCUCCGAAUUGAUAUUACUGACUCAUUUAGACUAUAUUUUACUCCUCAACCAUCAUCUUUUGCAUUUGUAAAUGCCAUAGAAUUAUUCCCUGCCCCUGCAGAUUUCAUCGCUGAGAACUAUACUAGUAAUCUCCCUUUACACACAGUUUACAGACUCACCAUUGGAGGUUCACCAGUAAAUGACACAAUAUGGAGAAAGUGGGAAACAGAUGAUAGUCAUAUCUCUGAUCAAAACUCUGCAAAGAAAGCCCCUCCUGAAAAUGCACUCAAUUUAAAUUACCGCGGAGGAAUUGAGGGUUUGCUUGCAUCUAAUGAGUCUGUAGCCCCACUUUCGGUUUACCAGACUGCUAGAGAGAUGAUGAAUGGCAGUAGUAAUAUAACAUGGUUUUUUAGUGUGAGUAGUAAAGCUAGACACAUUGUUCGGGCUCACUUCUGUGACAUUGUUGGUCAGCCUGGUAACAGUAUAUUUAACUUGUAUGCAAAUGCCAACUUCCGCAAGGAGGUCGGCAACAUUUCUCAAUCUUCAAUUUUUCAAUAUUCGGCUGUUCCCUUCUACUAUUCGGCUGUUCCCAAAACUAACUUCCUAAAAACUGACUCCACAUAA